AUGACGACCACGGACAGCACGAGCACAGGAACCAGCGAGGAACGAUCAAGGCCAUCCAGACGUCACGAUUUCAGUCCAACAGCCUUGGCCAAGGUCCUGAACGCUGGAUUGAAGGCACUGGGUGCAGGGAGUUCGAGAUCACCUUCCCGAGAGUGCAACAACUCCGGGGAACGAUCGCCGUACUGCAUUUACUGCCAGCGCUUGGGGCAUGCUAUAGAACUCUGCCAAACCCUGGCCCGCAAACAGAGGGAAGCGCAGCAGACACUUCGAGCGCCAGAUCCCCCGACGCGAGAACGAUCAGCCAGCCCAUCUGCCUCCGCUACCGGAAUCAUCGUCAGGGCGCCGGAGCUGGAGCAAGGUAAAGGCGAAUUCACCGUAGAUACUGGUGCGGGGGUCAACCUGGUUAACAUCAACGCACUGGGAGAAAGGGCCCCCGUGAUCAACGAAACAGCGGAGAAAAUCCUUGGAAUAACGCGGGAUCCCCUGUACACGUUAGGCACGACCACCAUAACAACGCUGGGUAAGACAAGCCUAUUUUACGUUUAUGACGCUGAAGGUAUCGACGGCGACGGACUGCUGGGAGCACCAUUCUGCUUGGAACACCAGGCGGAAAUUUCAUUCUACCAUAAGACCAUCGUAUCCUGCGAGGCACCCAUCAAGCCGAUCCCGUUCAGCAAUAGGCAGGAAAUCGACCAAGUAGGAAGGGAGUACCGCAAGGCCACGCUGCGACUUGAGGCGAGGAGCCGGACGCAAAUUCCGAUCCCUGUGAAAAAUGGCGGCAUCCGAGAGGGCUACCUGCCGCGUAUCACAGGACCUCCAAGGGUUUUCAUCGGCGAGGCAGCUGUCAGCAACCAUGACGAUACGUGCUACACCAUGGCGACAAAUACCGGGGAGGAGGCCGUGGAAAUAACCAUCGCACCACAAGAACUGGAGCCGUACGACCUGACCAUGGAGAGCAUUAGCACCGAGGACGAGGCAGAUCCUGACGAUUCUGGAAAGGAACGGGUCACCCGUAUCAUCGAGGGACUCAGAAUGGACCAUCUCAACGCGGAGGAACGUCAACACGUGGUCCAGGUGCUGAACGAGUUCCAGGACUGUUUCCACCUACCUGGGGACAGGCUGGGGAAGACAAACACGCUGGCGCACCAAAUUCCUACUACAGAUGACGCUCCAAUACAUACCCGGCAGUAUCGCUUCCCACCUGUGCACCAGGAGGAGAUUCAAAAGCAGGUCAGAGGACUAUUGGAGAACGGGAUAAUCAAGCCUUCCUCCUCGCCCUACAACUCACCACUCUGGAUAGUGCCAAAGAAACCGGACUCGAAGGGCAACAAGCGUUGGAGGAUGGUAAUUGAUUACCGAGCACUGAAUGAGAGGACCGUUGGCGACAGCUACCCACUACCCAAUAUAACCGAUAUAUUGGACAGAGUGAGUGGAGCCAAAUAUUUUUCAGUGUUCGACCUGGCCAGCGGAUUCCACCAGAUCGGCAUGGACCCGAAGGACGAACCGAAGACAGCGUUUUCCACACCCAACGGGCACUACGAGUACGCCCGUAUGCCGUUCGGGCUGAGAAACGCACCAGCCACGUUCCAACGACUAAUGGACAUCGUCCUUAGCGGACUUCAAGGGUCUGAGCUGUUCGUUUACCUGGACGACAUCGUGGUUUAUUCCGCGAACCUCCAGCAACACGGAUACCAAGUAAGAAGACUGCUGACCAGAUUGCGUAAGCACGGCUUAAAAUUGCAGACGGACAAAUGCGAGUUUCUGCGCACCGAGGUCACCUAUCUGGGGCACACCCUCAGCGUGGACGGAGUCCAACCCAACACACGGAACCUGGAUGCCGUAAGGGGGUUCCCUGUCCCGAAGACUGAGAGGAACAUCAAGCAGUUCCUCGGACUGGCUGGGUAUUACCGACGCUUCAUCCCCGACUUCGCGGAGAAGGCGAGACCAAUGACUGUUCUGUUGAAAAAGACCGCGGCCUUCGGAUGCGGGGAGGCGCAGCGAAGGAGUUUCGAGGAACUCCGCGAUCUACUCUGUCGAGAGCCGGUCCUGAAAUACCCAGACUUCGAGAAACCUUUCAUCCUGACCACUGACGCUUCGGACUAUGCCCUCGGUGCGGUGCUUGGCCAGAGCGACGAGGAAGGAGAGAGAACAGUCAGCUAUGCAUCCCGGCUCCUAACGAAGCCGGAAAUCAACUACUCCACCUCCGAAAAGGAGUGCCUUGCCGUAAUCUUCGCCAUCAACUAUUUCAGGCCCUACCUUUACGGAAGGAAAUUCACCCUGUACACCGACCAUCAGGCACUCGUGUGGCUGCACAACGUCAAAGAUCCAACAUCUAGGCUGACGCGCUGGAGGCUUAGGCUGGCGGAGUACGAUUUUCGAAUCGUUUACAAGAAAGGUACUCAGAACUCCAACGCCGACGCAUUGUCGAGGAACCCGGUCGCGCAGUGCCUACCACUGCACCUAAAGGGGAAGGACAAGGACACGGAAUACCAGCCACCGAUUACGACAGCCCGGGGCAUAGAAACCAGCACCAUCGCUAGUCGAGUACGGGACGCCCGGAGAACCAUACCCAUUAACUACGCAGACGACAGCGACACAUCCAACUUCUCAGCUAACGACACGACAGCCGCGAGGGAGGGGGACUGCACGACAGCGGAGCCCUGCGAGCUUACGACGGACCAACAGCAAUUCCAGGAGAUGCUGCAGGAGAAAGAUCCCGCAACUAGCCGGGUCAUUCAAGACCUGCUGGGUGAGCAAUUUCCUGAUCCAGCCAGCGCCUGGGAUACCAUCAUAGAGGCAGAGACGAGUAGCGGUGAGGAUCCAGAAGACGACUAUCCCUGGCUUCAGGACCCCCAAUUCGCAGUCUUACGAACGGCCGAGACAACUCAGCAGCGAUUAAAUCGGGAGGAGGCGGAUCUAGUUGGAGAAACCGAGGCACUUACCAUGCAAGCGGCAAAACAACGAAUCCUGGGACUCUCGGACACCUUACAGGGGACACCGAGGAAGGGAACAAGGCCCGGACCAAGCGAGCUGGCCGUAACUCAACCAUCACGGAGUCCCAGCACACCUAAACGAGGCGGAGCGAACGGGGGAACAAGAGUGUCAUUCCUACCGACCCCAAGGGCGUCUCUACCACCCACAGGGCGCUCCACCCCUUACUCUACCUCCGCAGCACCAGUGGAAUCUACCGACUCAGAAACAGAUGAAGAGGAGGCAAAGCAAGGCAAUGAAACUCGACCACACCCACUGACAAUAGCAGUGGACAGCCUCACGGAAUAUGAUGACACGAGCGACGAGGAAGCAACCCGAUACCCGGCACAAGACACGAUAGCACCGCGGCCUAAACGUCACAGACGUCCCCGGAGCAGCGUGCACGUCAUCACUGACACGCUGACGCUACAGAAGGGAAACUACGCGCAUUUCAUAUCUGCUGACUGCGCACUGACGACGCCGGUGGGGAGGCAGUUACGAGAAAUGGGCCUGGUACGGCCAGAAAACCUUCUCGAGGUAAUCCAAGGCCGAGGCCACGCGAUUAUCACACCUCAUAGGAGAGGAGUUACCUUCUCCAUCGCCUGCAUGAACCGAUAUUACCACCGAAUGACACCCGAGAGCCUCGCUGAAGGACUAAAGACGCUGAAAGCAGCGAUGGAAAUAGCCGGAAUGAACGAAGCACGCAUCGCAGCAAAGGGGGAUGGAAUCGAUCACCUCCCAAUCUCGGUUUUAGAAUCAAUGGCCAGGGAAAUCUUCCAGGGAACAUCCUGCAAGAUUCAUCUCUGCACCGGGAAAACGGAAACGCCGCCCCCGGACAAGCGGCCAGCAAUAAUCAAACAGUGGCAUAAGGACCACACCGGAGGACACAAGGGGGUAGCAAAGACGUACCACCGCCUCAGACGCAGAUACCACUGGCCGGGAAUGAGGAACGAGGUCCAGGAUUGCAUCAGAUGCUGUGAAAGCUGCCAGAAGCAAAAGGUAACCCGCAUAAAAACCCGGGAGCCCAUGAUGAUCACCGAUACGCCGGUGGAGGCGUGGGAGAAAAUUGGAAUCGACAUCGUGGGGCCACUACCAACCACUAGCAGCGGGAACAAGUACAUCUUGACGGUACUGGACCUGCUGACCAAACUAGGACACGCCUGGGCCCUUCCGGACCAGAAAUCACUGACGGUCAUCCGCGUUUUUGAUCAGAACUACUUCAAACCCUACAGCGUGCCGCUGAUCAUACUCAGCGACCGAGGAAGGAGUUUCGACAACGAAAAUAUGAAGGAGUUCCUGCGGAUCAACGGGGUAAACCACGUUAUGACCUCCGGCUACCACCCUCAGACCAACGGAUCGCUGGAAAGGAGCCACACUGGUCUAGUCGAAUACCUGAGGCAUUUCACCAACGACCAAGCAGAAUGGGACACGUUACUGCCCGACGCCAUGCGUUGCUACAACGCCGCAGUACACGAGGGAACUAAAUUCACCCCUCACGAGAUGGCAUUCGGGAAACCAAAACGGACCCCGGGAUCGCUACCACUGGCGAAGCACCUCCCUACCACGGUGAAGUAUAUGGAGAAACUGGUCACCCGGCUGGACGAACUGGCAGAGGAGGGCGGGAACAACCUUAACGCCGCCAAGCGUCGCUCAAAAGAAAGAUACGACCGGAAAAUCAACCCCGUGACGUUCAACGUCGGAGACCAAGUCUACGCAAAACGUGAGGCCAGAACCAAACUGGACCCCUACUACGACGGACCAUACGAGGUUGUGGAACUUCUGGGCCUCAACACGGCCAUUAUAACGGACCGCAAUGGGAAGAGGAAGUUAAAGCACCUAGACAAACUCAAACGGAAGGAUGCAGGCCCCAAGGGCUAA